AUGCAAAAGACAUUAAUUAUUGCAAUUCUAUUAAUCACAUUUGUGUCAGCAAGGGAUACACUUAAAGGUACAGAUUGUUUACCAUACGGAAGUUCAUUAAGAUCUGACAAUAAUUGCUUCAGUUUGGAACUUCAAUUUGAUGGAAACUUAGUAUUGUAUCGAGAUUAUGAUGCACGAGUUUUAUGGAGAAGUAAUACUCAAGGAUCUGGAGCUAAUCGUCUUUGCAUGCAGAGCGAUGGAAAUUUAGUAAUUUAUACGAAGGAUAAUCAGCCAAAAUGGAGUACCCAAACUCAAGGAAGAAUAUCUUGGUUUAAAUUACAAGAUGAUGGAAUCGCAGUUCUCUUAAGCAAAUAUCAAAAUGGUCAGGAUGAAGUUCGAUGCAGUCUAAAGAUACCGCCCACAUGUUGCGGCAAACAAGCACAAGCUUUCAUAAACAUUAAUGAGAUCAUUGAUUACCUUAUACCUGAAAUUGAUACUUUAUUGAAGACGAAACAUUUAAUCUUCUUAAUGAAUGAAAAUGAUUUCGAGUUGAUUUCUCUCAAGAGUCAAAUUGUUCAUGUAAAAUUAUGUUGGAAUGGCAAAUUAGCACAUAAAAUUUGA